CAAAGACCAAGUCAGGCAGUGGCAUGGUAUCAUGGAUUGCGCUAUGUUGGCUGAUAGCGGUUGACUUAGGCCAGAAUGAUAACAAAGUAAAGUCAUUGACUGUCCAAGUAGAACCGUCUUUGCAUGUCGAAUGCCCACCUGAGCAUCGGCGCUCGAAACUCCGCACAUCGGAUUAUGACUAAAUCUCAGCACACGGCUUCAACACUAUUGACCAGGAGCUUCUCCUUCGUUAGACUUGACUUCAUCUCCUCAUCUCUGGAUUGUACACAAGGGUAUUCGCGAUAACCAUCAUGGCAUCAUCACCGGCAUCAAACCCAUUAUCCGCCCACAUCGCUAAAGGUUCCCCCAUAAUCCUGGACGGCGCGCUAGCAACUUAUCUGGAGACUUUGGGAGCAGACAUAAGCGGCGCAUUGUGGUCCGCAUCGAUACUGCUUGAUCAGCCGGCCCUCAUAAAGCAAACACAUCUGGACUACUAUCGUGCAGGCGCAAAUGUCGCAAUCACAGCAUCCUACCAAGCCUCCAUUCCGGGACUAGUCAAGCACUUGGGUCUCAGUGAAGAAGAAGCCAGGAAAGUCGUAAGCAAAAGCGUGGAACUAGCCCAACAAGCGAGAGAGGAAUAUGUUGCCGAGACAAACGAGGAUGUUCGAAGUGAAUUGUUCAUUGCGGGCAGUGUGGGCCCAUACGGCGCGUUCCUUUCAGAUGGCUCAGAAUACAGAGGCGACUACUCCAUACUCCAAGACGAGAUGAAGAACUUCCACCGCGGACGCAUCGAAGCGCUUGUGUCCGCCGGCGCCGACAUCCUAGGCAUCGAGACAAUACCAUCCAAAGGCGAAACCGAAGCUCUCCUCGACCUGCUCACCACAGAAUUUCCCUGCACGGAAGCUUGGUUUGGCUUCACAUUACGAGAUGGUUCUCACAUCAGCGACGGAACACCUAUCUCUGAGAUCGCAGCACUUUUCGAUGAUGUGGAACAGGUAGUAGCGCUGGGCUUCAACUGUGUGCCAGAUGAUUUGGGGUUGGCUGCUCUGAAGACUUUGAAGCCGUUGGUGAAGAGGGGGACCUUAAUGGUAUAUCCCAACUCUGGUGAGCAAUGGAAUGCGAAGGCAAGGGAGUGGGAAGGCAAGAGAACGGAAGGUUCGACGUUGGCUGAGAAGACGAGGGAAUGGAAUGAGGCUGGGGCUGGUCUUAUCGGAGGGUGCUGUCGAACUACACCUGAGGAUAUCGGUAUCAUGAAAAAGGCACUCGAGAAAGGUCACUAGACUCUCAGAGAAAAGGAUAGCGAGAGUCUAGUAGCAAAGCCUAAGGCCAUGUUAUUAAGGCACGUUUUGAUGUAAAAUUAUAGA